AGCCCCCCCCCCCGCCCCCUUUCUGGAAGUUGUCGCCUUGCCGUGAUUCCUCGCGGGAAUCGAGCAAUGCAGAAGAGCAAGGAUUGUUUUUAGCGCGUAGGCAUUGGAAUGAAUCCCACACAACGUCUUUUGCACAACAGCUUCUUCAAAGAGAGAGAGAGAGAGGGAGAGAGAGAGAGAGAGAGAAAGAGAAAGAGAGAGAGAGAGAGAGAGAGAGAGAGAGAGAGAGAGAGAGAGAGAGAGAGAGAGAGAUCCUUCGGGCGUCAGUGUUCGGUCGGUUCUGUGUUCCCGGGUAACCCUGGUAAACUGCACAUACCGGCUCGGCAGUCGUCAAUCAGGAGGUGCAGCGUUAACAGCUCAGGCCCACUCCGGGAGUCCGCCUAGUCCGCACGAAUUCUCCUCAGUUCCGUUUCCGUCUUCCGAUUUUCGUAUUUUAGGCAAGGGUGCGCGCGUUUGUGUGUGUGUGCCUGCCACCGUAUAUGUGUGCUCGCCGUGCGACGAGUUUUCUGGUUGGUUGCCUGAACGCUGACGCGUGCCAAGGACGCGUUAAACGUCAGCGGCAGGAGCAGUAGUGAAGAUAUUGGAAACCUGGAUUACAUCGCCAUAUUUCCGACGACUCAGGUUCAGGUACCGUAGGACCGGCUAGUGAAGACAGCAAAAACCAGGGCGUUACACACGUGCGGCCAAAAAUCAUUCAGAAUACCUUAGUGACUUCAGUGGUCAUUCGGUGGAGCAAAUUAUAUAUUUCUGUAGUAAAAUUGAAAGAAAAUAACCACAACGGAACGAGGAGAGAAAGGAAAAAGAAAAAGAAGAGCAGAUCAGUUGCUUCCUGUUUACAAACUACUACAAACAAAAGGACAACCCACUAGAUGCAGAUUGCUUAUACAUAUAUAAGCAGAGCACCGAAGUAGCAUAGGCAAUACUUUACUUGCUGUAGUGUCUUGGUGCAACAACAGCCACCAGGCACAAUCAUCGAGACCCGUGAGUAGCGUGUGGCAGCGUGGGUUGUAGUAAUGAAACCGAACCGAUCCCAGAGCGAACGUCUAGCUUAAGCGCUAGUGCUAGUGAGCCGACGUUUUUUUUUUGGAUCGUCCUCGAUAGUAGCUGCAGUGCGGCGACCUCUACUAUCCUCCACCUUCCACGCGCCUUCCGUGCGCAGCUUCCAAAUGAGGCUGCAAUCCGUAGUGGGAUAGUAGGGCAAUCAAGUGGCAAUCAAUGCGCCGAACCUAGCCGCCCGUGGACGCAUCACAUUCCUCCUAGCAUCGUAUCGGUAUCUCACACCAGUAACGCCCUGGACAGAAGCAACCAGCCUUUCCACGCCCUCCUCUCUCCCUCAGCCUUCUGCUUGUACAACGACAAUCAAUCAAUCUAACAUUCAACACAACACAACUGAAACCGAAAGUGAAAGCCAACCAAACAAAACACCCCCGAGUAGCCAUAACCGUUAAUGAGUGUUCAAGCCAAGCCAGCGGGAGCAAGCGCGAGGAAGCAGCAACAAGGGUAGCAGAAACAACAACAACAGCAACGGCAUCAGCAGCAACGACGUCAGCAGCAACGGUAGCAGCAACGGUAGGAGCAACGACGGUAGCAUCAACGGCGGUAGCAGCGAAAAUGAUCUCGAACGGAUUGGAAACAGUGCAACAGAAUGGCCGAUCGGGCUCGAUCGGCAGCGGGCAGGAGGACAGCAAGACAAACCUCAUCGUCAACUAUCUGCCCCAGACGAUGACGCAGGAGGAGGUGAAGUCGCUCUUCUCCAGUAUCGGCGACGUGGAGAGCUGCAAACUGAUCAGAGACAAGGUAACCGGGCAGAGCCUUGGGUACGGCUUCGUUAACUACCACAGGCCGGAAGAUGCGGAGAAGGCCAUCAACACGUUCAACGGUUUGCGGCUACAGAACAAAACGAUCAAGGUGUCGUUCGCCCGGCCGAGCUCGGACGCGAUCAAGGGUGCCAACCUGUACGUGUCCGGCCUAUCGAAGAGCAUGACCCAGCAGGAUCUGGAGAACCUGUUUAACGCGUACGGCCAGAUCAUCACUUCGCGCAUCCUUUGUGAUAACAUUACCGGCCUGUCGAAGGGUGUCGGGUUCAUCCGCUUCGAUCAACGUUCGGAGGCAGAGCGGGCGAUCCAACAGCUAAACGGUACCACACCGAAGGGUGCAUCCGAGCCGAUCACGGUCAAGUUCGCCAACAACCCGAGCAAUAACAUCAACAAGGCAAUCCCGCCGCUUGCCGCCUACCUGACGCCGACGCCAAACCUGAGACGAUUCCCACCGGGACCGAUCCAUCCACUGAGUGGCAGAUUUAGCCUGCCAUCGAACUUCAGCAGAUAUUCUCCGCUGACGGCGGAUCUCGGUAGCUCAGUAUUAUCCACCAACGCAAUCAACGGGUCCGGCUGGUGCAUCUUCGUCUACAACUUGGCACCGGAAACGGAGGAGAACGUCCUAUGGCAACUGUUCGGUCCGUUCGGGGCCGUCCAGAGCGUGAAGGUGAUCAAGGACCUGC